UCAGGCGCGCUAGGUCGUAGGCGCAAAUCGACCCGACCGGUUUUUUUUUCGAAGAGAAACUUCAUAUCGCGUACGUUCGCGCAUGCGCUUCAAAUAUUUUUGUUUUGAUUAAAUAUAAAUACAAAUGUAUUAAUAAGAAAAACGUAAAAAAACGGUCUACUUCAGUUGUGCAUGCAUCGUUCGAUUUUGUUGUAGCGCAAAUACUCCAAUACAAUUGCACGUCGAUAUCUAAGUGUGUGUGUGAAUCCGGGGCACGUAAUUAGAACACGAUUUUGCGCGUCUUGCUGUUCGUGUAUCAGAAUAAUUGCCAUUGACAGUAAUUGUCUGACGUCCAAUCGAAGGCUGGCAGACGAGCGCCUAACUGACUAUUUCGGCCGCGUUGCAGCGAUCGAUUUGCAAUUAUUUACGUUUGGCCGCGUGCGCGAUUGAGAGUGCGUGGUUUUGCAAAAGAAUUUCUUGCAGUUUUCCUGUAACGCAGUAUCUGUUCUUGUUUUCUACUUGCAAAAGGCCAUGUAUUGAAAAUAGGCGUGCCACGCAGAGCGCAAAUGCUGCUCCAUUUUCGUUUGUGCGCGCUGAUUGCGGUGGUGCGCGUAAAUGAGCCGCAGUGUGGCGUGAAAUUGAUUUAUUAGUAGUGCAUGCAAUUUCUGUUAUUUUUCCUUUUUCCCUGACCACAUUUCAAAUUGAAAAUCAAAAACUAUUCUCCAACUCGUGCUUGAUUUAUUGACAACGGUAAAAAAUGUCGCACGCUCUGCAAGCAUUGCAUCCGAAAAAGGCAGCGCAACAAUAUUUGCCGCUACCCAAAACAUUGGGCCGCCGCGCCCAGUUGCUUGCCACGAAAAAUUGGUGGAAAAUCUGUUUUGUUUAUGGUCAUGAUCCGUCGAAAUUUUACCGUGAAAUUAGCUACGGCGCAAGCGAUACACAAGCGGUAGCGAACAAAGGCCCCAGAACAACAAAAAUUACUACAACUCCGACAACAAAUAAAGAUAAAAUCACUACCGCAUGUAAUCCGGAGGCUGCUGAUUCACUUCACUCCACAGCUUUGUCAUUGGACAGUGGCAGCGCAUCACAGCGUUCAUUGAGCUCAUUAAAUGAUGGCGCAAAAUUAUUUCCUCGCAACAUGCCGAGCAUAAGACGUAGUCGCAGGCGUGUAGGUAGCAAAAUGUCAGCGGGUGCUGCGAUUGAAGGCAGCGAAGAGUUGCCAGAGAUUGCGACAAAUAGCAGAGGCGGCGCGCGGAAAAAACAGUUAGCGGUUGCCAAGCAAGCAAUGCAAAAAACAAAUGUAUCUGGCGGCGGUGGUAUGUUGCACCGCGUCGAUAGCAGCUGCCACAAAUCGAGCGUCUCCAAAGUCACGAAGUUGACGCCACGAAAAUUGAAGGCGUCAAAUUGCGGCCAAAAGCGUCAACAUUGUCGCCGCACGCCAUUUACGGAGAACAGCGCAGCGGUUGGCGGAAGCGCGACGGCGGGGAGCCGGAGUGGUGAGCCGCGCAAUAAAAGCAACACAAACGCCGCAGAGAAGUCUACCGACAAUGACUGCAGCCGUAGCGCUAAGACCAGUAGCAAUGUUGCUAGUAAGCCCGCGCAGGCAUCCUGCGAGAGCAAGGCAUUAGGCGCGCUGCCGCAACAGCCGAAUACAGCCAAUGCGCGCUGUCCCAAGCAUGGAAAGCAAGCGCAAAGCGCUGAUAAGCAGCAACCACUUAAAGAGCAAUUCAGUAAUUUGCAUAUGCAGCAGCGACAUAAAAUUUCACAAAAACAAGAGCAUCCACAUGCGCUUCAACAUUUGGCAAAGCCGUUGAAAUUGUCGCUGCUGCCAAAUGACAUGGCACUCGAUGUCGGCGAGUUGUCGCAGACACGGUCAGUAGCCAGCGCGUCGUCGUGUAUCAAUGCCGAAACUGGAACCGUCACCGACCAUCACUUCUCUACACUGAACGCACAGCCCUCACCCUCCUCUGGCGCUUUGCUAACACAUUCACAGCAAUCCAGCCUCAUUAGCUACGACAUGAGUCGUUCCACUAGUCGCCUAAGUUGUUUCGAGUCAUUGCCAAAUCCGGGCGCACUCGCGGUAACAACAACAACAGGCCGAAAACAGGCGCUGGUAUGUCCAUCGAAUUCCGGCAGCAAACUAAGUCGCAGCCAAAAAAAGGAGCACCAACAACAGUACCACAGCCACCACCAUUUGGAUGACACAUUUCUGUCAUCGGGCAUCUCGUGCGGCGAUGGUGAAACGCAAUCUGAAGCAAGUUGUGGCUCACCAGUGCCGCGGCUGCUGGCAUCGAACAUUGCUGAUGAUGUAGAAGAGAAUGUGGAGGACGCUGAGGAUGCAUUAAUUGAGGCUGAGGUGGCACAGCUCACAGCCAAUUUGAGGCGCAAUGAAGAGGCGGCCAAGCGGCGUACGCCAGGAGAAGCAGCAACCACUAAAAUUGCGGCAGCAAGAGAUAAUAUGUGCGCAAAGCCAGUAGUUGAAGUGGUAGCUGCAGUAAGUGCAGCAGCUGUAGCAAAGAAAGUUACAACAAAUGAGGAAACAAUGUCAACAACUGCCACGCUAAAUGUUGCCGAUCUACGCAAUUUGAAAGUACGUCGCAAUCGCAAUGCUGUGUGGUUAGAUGGCGGCGGCGAUGGCUGCAGUGGCAAUGCAGCACCCAUACCCGACGACGCGCAGCUAAGUGACAUUGAAGAGCAGUUGGCGCGCAUGCCAGGGAACGAUCAAGUGGAUAUGAGUUGUGCGGUUGCAGGAAAAAUACCAGGAGAAUUGGAAGGUCACCGCAGCGCUGGGAUAAGUGAGGCAACGACAAUAGUAGUCUCAGCAGCAGUCAAAACAACAACUGCAGCUUCGUGCAAGCGACAAAAGCAUACACCCGCCUGUGCGCGUGAACCUCCACCUCGGCUGCAAUCGUCCUACACCUCAUUAACCCAUCAACAAUUGUUGCUUGAAGUCACCAUGCAACAACCGACCAACUAUUACACACAAACCGAAAGUGAAUUGCUGCAACUGGAAACGACUGGUGGAAAUUUACCCGAAUAUGAACAAUUGCAACCAGAAGCUGCGAUAUUGCAAACCCAAACAACAGACUAUUCAGCAGCACAACAACCACUAUCACAGCCACAGCAACCAUCACAAUCACAACGACAAACACUGCCUACAAUAACGACACUCAAUAAUUUGGAUAGUGCCACGCCCAAUUCUUCCACAGCCGCCACACCUACACCGACCACGGCCAGCAACUUGGAAGCAUCAUCGAGUAGCACCAGCAACGGUGGCGGCAGUAGCAACAGCACGACCCCGCAACAUUUUGUAGCACCGCUGCAACGACGCUGCCAGCCGCCGCCACCAACACUGCCACUCAGUUCGAUUUCAUCACCGCUGCGUGCGGCCAACUACAAGACGGCUGCCUACCAUCAGCACCAGCAUCAUCAGCAACAAUUGGAAUUCCAGCGAAAUUCACAGUCGGACGAUGAUAGCGGCUGUGCGCUGGAGGAGUACACUUGGGUGCCGCCAGGCUUGCGACCAGAUCAGGUCCGUUUAUAUUUCUCACAACUACCUGACGAUAAAGUACCGUACGUUAACAGUGCCGGCGAAAAGUAUCGCGUCAAGCAGUUACUGCAUCAAUUGCCGCCACAAGAUAACGAGGUGCGCUACUGUCAAUCACUAAGCGAUGAGGAGCGCAAGGAGCUGCGCAUAUUUUCGGCACAAAGAAAACGUGAAGCACUGGGACGUGGCGCCGUGCGUUUA